UGUGCAAUACCUGCAGUAACCUUUCUUAUCUGCCUAAUAGCAUAUCCAUCGCUAUGGUUGCUUCGACGACUCGGUCCUCAACCCCUGACAAGACAGCAAUCCAUCAUACUCCAUGUAUAUGCUUUGGUGAUCCUGUUUUGCUACUACAAGGCGUGCUUUACAGAUCCUGGUAGAAUUCCGAAAGAUUGGAUCCCAAAGUCGAGCGAAACAGCCAAAGAGAAUCCCCGGGACAGAGUGCAACGCCAAAGAUGGUGCCGUAAAUGUCAGGCUUAUAAGCCCUCACGAGCUCAUCACUGCAAGACAUGUGAAAGCCCCUGGACAGCCAAUUGCGUUUCCCACACUACUUUUCCGCACUUUGUUCGCUUCUUGUUCUAUGCCGUCGCUGGUAUGUCGCAUCUUGGAUGUCUUCUCUGGUCACGAAUGUAUCAUCUUUGGACACAGAGAGAUUUGCCGAGUUAUCUUGGUCCAAGCCCCACCUUAUUAUUCGGUCUUUUCUUCAUCACCGCCUUGAACUCUUUGGUCGUCUUUGCGCUUUUCAUCCUGCUUGUUCGCACACUGUGGUGCUUGGGUGCUAACACAACCACUAUCGAGGGCUGGGAGAUCGAGAGACAUGAGACGUUGCUUCGCCGUGCUAGGUACCUUGGCGGAGUUCUCGAAGGUCCUAACGGAACCAAAAUACGCAUCACCAGGCAGGAGUAUCCAUGGGACAUCGGAAUCUUCUCAAAUAUUGCUCAAGGUAUGGGUAGCUGGAAUCCUCUUGCCUGGUUCUGGCCUUUCUCAUUUACUCCGACUGUUGAGAGUGGGUUAGAGUUCGAAGACAACGGUAUUGAAGAGAGAGCGUUCGAUCCUUCCAACGCCUUCACUCAUUCUAUGGACCCGGAAGAGGUUUACAAGAGGCAACAAGCUGAUCGCAUGCGACCCUCUCCUAUUACAGAUACUUCUGAGCUUAGACGCAGGCAGCCCUUCCACGUGCGGUACGACAAGAAAAAUGUUCAAAAACGGCGCGAUGAAGACUAUGCAUAUGUCACUGAUUACGAAUCCGAUGGUGAAGAACAAGAGCAGGAGACCUAUGACUGGCAACCAAAGCCAGGAGAAGGUGAAGAAGGCUGGCGAAACUCGGAGGGUGAGAGAUUAGACGACUUCGGCGUUGACGAAGACGUCGAGUUCUACGAUGAGGACGAAGUACCUCUUGGUGAGUUGAUGAGACGGAAGAACUUGGCCAAUAGUGGCUCGACAUACUGA